CUCUGAGCUUUUGCUCUGCUUUUGCAUUGAUUUAGUGAUCUAAUCGCACCUAUGUCAUGAUCUACUGCUCUGUUUUGUUUACUUUUGCACAUUCAUAGCGUAGAUAUAUACUAGAAACGCGCACAGAGUCUCUAUCUUUCUGUGUGGUUGUUCGUAAUGAAGUGCGUGCGGUGAAAUUGUGUCGCAGAGAAGUGUUUCAUUUUCAACGGCAUUUGAUUUAUGAAUUGAUAGAUGGAAAUAUCAUGAACAUUUAGUUUACUAUUUACUAAUUUAGUACUACUACUAGUACUACUUAAUAUAGUACUACUAGUACUAGUAAAAUAUCAUUAUCAUGUGUUAAUUAUUUAAAAAUCCCGAGUCAGGUGCGUCAGGUUACAGCAACCGCACAAGGCCACCCAUGGUAAUGCAGAAAGCUGUUCCAAGUAGGCCUGCAUUCGUACUACUACUGAUUGUGUAAACAAGCAAUGGCUUCUCUUCUACGACAAACCAAAUUGGGCGAAACUAACUUGCAUUUAUCUGCUAUUGGUUAUGGUGCUUCAGCCCUUGGUGGAGGAUAUGCAGAUGUAAAUGAUGAUGAAUCAGUUAAGGUUGUAGGAGAAGCAAUCAGCAGAGGUGUGAAUUACAUAGACACAGCACCAUGGUACGGAGAUGGCAGAUCAGAGACGGUGCUGGGACAAGCUCUGAAAAACAUUCCAAGAGAUUCCUAUUAUAUUGCUACCAAAGUCGGUCGAUACAGUCCAGAUAUUCACAAAAUGUUUGACUUCGGUGAAGAGCCAAGGAAAAGUGUGGAUGAGAGCCUAGAACGACUUGGCUUGCAGUACGUUGACAUCAUACAGCAAGGCGCACUACAUUGGCAUACCGGUUAUCCUAUUGCUUCAUUGAGAGAGGUGAUUGAAAGGAGUCAAGUGAAGAUAGAUGUCAUACUAUCCUACUGUCACUCAACUCUAUUUGACAACUCUUUUGCUCAGCACAUUUCUUACUUCCAGAGUAAAGGUAUCGGAAUCAUCAGUGCUGCCCCUCUGGGAAUGGGGCUGUUGUCUGAGAGAGGACCUCCAUCGUGGCAUCCUGCCAGCCCUGAGCUGAAGCUGGCUUGUUCACAAGCUGUAGCAUAUUGUAAAGCAGAAGACACUGAUAUAUCACGACUAGCUCUGAAAUUCAGUUUGACUCAAGCAGGAGAUAUUUCUACUACAUUAGUUAGUAUGCCUACUUUAGAGCAACUGACCAGGAAUAUUGAAGUAGAAGCUGAGCAGCUAACGAGCCACGAAAUGAAAGUGAUGCAGGAUGUCAUUGAAAGAUUUUUCAAACCGCCGCCAAACUCGUGGGAAGGUGUGGAAUUGAAGAAGUAUUGGUCCAAAAUCAAACGCGACAGCACAACUUAAUAUUGACAUCAGAAAUUGCGUAAUGAUUUGUAGAGGAAUCAAGUAUGUUGCAAAAAUUAUACCCAGUUUAUUUUCUUACUCAAUAAACUAGGCAUUGCCUUACUACGAUA